GGGCGUACCCCUCGUUUCCACCGGGAUAAUUUCCUUCCUCUCUAGAAAAAAAAGUCUUCAAUGGGCUUUUAAAUUACUUUAAAAUGUUUAAAGGCCAUCUUCAUAAACACAACGUUCAUGUAGUGCAGAAACACUUUUGUGAACAUUUGGCCAGAUUUUAAGCUGAAAUUCAUUCACCGGAAGUUCGUUGUUCGAUUCGGCUCAAUUGUUGAACGUAAUAGGUGAUUUUUUUAUUACAAGUUCCUCGAAGACGUUGCGGUUCGUCUCUCUUCUUCGUCCCAGUGCCGGGGAUAAAUGUGGGGGAUGCAAGGUUUUGAUUAAGCGUUAUCAUUUCCGGGGCUCAAAUCUGCUCUCAGAACAUCUUUAUUUGUUUUCGGUUAAAGCCGUCUUGAAUUGAAGGAUGAUGAACUGAACGGCGAUGGCAGUGGUUGGGGCAGCUGAUCCAGACCGAUGCUACUCUGCUGGAUAGUGGAACCGAGGUUUUGCUGUGAAUCCCUCAACAGUGCCAAGAACCGGGCCGGAGCUUUAGGAAUUGAGAAGCUUAUUUGCAUCGUCAUUGUCUGUGUUUGCCUGUUUAAACAAUGGAGAUCAGCCAGGUGAACUUAACUAUCAGGGGAGAGACCACUCCGGGUGAGGUGAUUGCUGUUGUCGGCAGCUGUGAGGCUCUGGGAAACUGGAGCUACCAGAAAGCUGUGACCCUACAUCCUCUUGGUGACGAAAGGCACACAUGGGCAGUGACCAUCUCUGUACCCCGGGGGGUCGUCUCCACGUAUCGCUAUUUUAAGGGCUUCUUCCUGGAAUCAAAGAGUGCGGGUGGCCCAUGUCAAGUGAUAGUCAAUAUGUGGGAGACCCAUCAUCAGCCUCGCACGAUGAGCCCCACAGUUGCACAGCAGAACAUUGACGAUGGGGAAUUUGGAUUUCACAAUGGGGUGAAAUGCGUUGACUCAGGAUGGCUGACAUGCCAGACGGACAUUCGACUCCGCUUGCACUAUUCCAAGAGGCCUCCGGUCUCCAUCACCAAGAAGAAAUUCAAGAAGUCGCGCUUCAGGAUCAAACUUACGUUAGAGGGCGUUGAAGAAGAAGAGGAGGAAGAAGAGGAAGAACAGGAACUCAGCCCUUCCUCUUGGCACAAGAUGACCACAACUCUGGAAAUCAGUUUAAUCACUGCCAACGACUACAAGUCGCGCCACUCUCAGCCAGAGUGCGGCUACGCCCUGGAGCCCUCUCGGUGGACCGAGUACAGCAUCCACACCAUGGACCCGGACAACCUGGAGCUCACUUUUGAGUUUUUUGAGGAGGAUCUGGGCGAGCACGUGGUCCAGGGAGACAUCCACCCCGGACAUGUCGGGACAGCCUGCCUCCUGUCUUCCUCGUUCUUGGAGAACGGCAAUGACACAGGCGUAGUCACGCUUCCCAUCAUGGGCCGAAACGCCAGGCAGACGAUCGGGAAAGUCAGAGUGGAUUACCUGGUGAUCCGCCCUAUCAAGAAGCUGCAGUGCGACAUGAGGUCCUCGUACACAAAGCACUGGAAGAAAACAAGAACGGUGGACGUGGGUCACAGAGGAGCCGGAAGCACGCUCGCUGCCAAAUACCACAAAGUCCGGGAAAACACAAUUGCUUCUUUCAAAAGUGCUGCCAAGCAUGGUGCAGCUUUCGUGGAGUUUGACGUUCAUCUCUCCAAGGAUUCCGUGCCCGUCGUGUACCACGAUCUAACAUGUUGCAUCUCCACCAAGAAGAAAAAUGACCAGGCUCUGGAGCUCAUUGAGGUCCCUGUCAAAGACCUGACAUUUGAUCAGCUGCAGCUAUUGAAGCUGGCUCAUGUCGCUGCAUUGGCAGGAAGUGACCACAAAGAUCUCCUGGAGGAUGAGGAUGAAGUCGAUGAACAUCAGCCGUUCCCCUCAUUAUCACAGAUUUUCCAAGCUGUUCCGGAAAGUGUUGGUUUUAACAUUGAACUGAAAUGGAUCAGCCAGAUGAAAGACGGAACGUGGGACGGGAACUUGUCCUCGUAUUUCAACAUGAAUACCUUCCUGGACAUUAUCCUCACCUGUGUUCUGCAGAAGGCUGGGAAUAGGCGGAUCAUCUUCUCGUGUUUCGACCCAGAUGUCUGCACAAUGGUGCGACUCAAGCAGAACAAGUACCCCAUCCUUUUCCUGACUCAGGGCAUUUCAGAAAAGUAUCCCGAGCUGAUGGACGUGCGCUGUCAAACAACGCAGAUCGCCAUCAGCUUCGCUCAGAGCGAGAACAUUCUGGGAAUCAGCGCUCACACCGAGGAGCUGCUGAAGCACCUCAACUACAUCGGCGAGGCCCGGUCCAAAGGCCUGGUGGUGUUCAGCUGGGGAGACGACAACAACGAGCACGAAAACAGAAGGAAGCUGAGAGAGCAGGGAAUCGACGGGCUCAUUUAUGACAGUAUCUGUGAUGCUCAAGGAGAGCAGCCAAACAUCUUCCAGGUAGAAGAGCAGCACUCCCUGCAAGAGGUCAUCACAGAGGAGACCCUAAAGAACUCUGCCUGUUCCUGUUACUCCAUCCCCUGCGCCGCCGUGCCGUGCGUCGCCCCCAAGAUCCACCACGGGAGUGUGGAGUCCGACUCCGGGCUCAGCUCCUCGUAGAAACCCGACUGUGUCGACGUUUCACCGCAUCGUUUUUGCACACGUCUGUUGAGAAAUGAUCAAAAUGAUAUAAAUGAACCUUAGCAUUAGCUCAAAAAAAAAAAAACAAAAGCCAAAAAAAAAAAUCACGUUCCCACGUUGGGAAAUGUAGCCAAAAAACGUCAACAGUCCAUGCAGGUGUACAGGUUUCUGGUGGAUCUAUGAGACUUUGCAUGCUGACAGAUUUUCUUUUUUUGUUAUUUACGUGCAGGGAGCCAUCAUCCUUUGAGCAAUGGAAUGAAAAAAAUGUGACAAUGUGUUUUUAGAAAUCAGUGGAGUCGCGGGUCGCAUUAGCAUUCUGCAAACAGUGCUGGUUGCCAAUAUUUAAUACCCAUUCUUUUUACUUCUAGUGGAGCAACUUGAUGCACUUUAAAAAACCACCGUAGGAAUAAUUAAAUUCCUCUUAAGAAAGUGUGAUUGAAAGCACUUGUUCCACCUUUUUUUACUGGCUAUGAGCUUUUGUUGACUUUAGUUAUUAUCGGCUAUUAGUCUGCAUUGCACACUGUACGUACUGUAUGAUUUCACUUCACAUUUACUUCAGGUAAGCAGAUGAAUGUUUUGCGACAGUGCACAUGUAAACCAGAGCCUUAUGGGGGAUUUUUUUGGUUGCUUUUGUGCUUUGUUUUAGCAUGAGCAAUCUGUCACUUUGUCAUUUCAAAUAGACUUGUAAAAAGAAAAGUUUGCAUCGUCAUUUCCACCUCCUGGUGAAUCUGUUUCACCUCUGCAGCGACAUUCUCUGGUUGGGCUUACACAGCUUUGUAAUAUGUUUUUGUACAGCAGCCGUCUUAUCCACCCCCCAUCUCUGAUCUACAGUGUGAAGACUGCCACAGGCUUUUCUUGAAUGUGUAUGGAUGAAUAACUGAGCCAUGUGUACAAUACUAACACAUGGAAUGUAAAUAAACUCGCACAUUUCCUCA